UUCACUUCAAUAAGAGUUUAAAAAAAUAACAGUAAACCAAAAAAAUACCUAUCACGUGUGUCAGUCUGCUUAAAGAUAAGGGAAUAAACUUUUGAUGUAAAUCAACGAAUUAACAUAUUCAUCCAUUAAUUUAUCUUUUUUUUCUUUACAGGUGUCAUAUUUAUUCUGAACCCAGUCGAUGGAUUUAUUACCCUCAAUACAAGAACAUUUGAACUGUACUUUCUCCCUAGGGUAUAAAUCUUGAAGCAUGGGUGACUGGAGCUUUCUGGGGCGUCUGUUGGAGAAUGCACAGGAACACUCAACAGUAAUCGGCAAGGUCUGGCUGACUGUCCUCUUCAUCUUCAGGAUCCUGGUGCUGGGAGCGGCAGCCGAGGACGUGUGGGGCGACGAGCAGUCUGACUUCACCUGCAACACACAGCAGCCUGGGUGUGAGAACGUCUGCUAUGAUGAGGCUUUCCCCAUCUCGCACAUCCGCUUCUGGGUGCUGCAGAUCAUCUUUGUGUCCACGCCCACCCUCAUCUACCUGGGUCACGUACUGCACAUCGUCCGCAUGGAGGAGAAGCGGAAAGAGAAGGAGGAGGAGCUGCGAAAGGCCAACAGACUCCAGGAGGAAAAGGAACUCCUUUACAAUGAAGGAGGGGAUGCAGGGGGAGGGGGAGGUGGUAAAAAGGAGAAGCCACCUAUCAGGGAUGAGCAUGGCAAGAUCCGCAUUAGGGGUGCCCUGCUGCGCACCUAUGUGUUCAACAUCAUUUUCAAGACCCUUUUUGAAGUGGGGUUCAUUUUAGGUCAAUAUUUACUUUAUGGCUUCCAGCUGAGGCCGCUAUACAAGUGUGCACGGUGGCCCUGCCCCAACACUGUGGACUGCUUCAUAUCUAGGCCCACUGAAAAGACGAUUUUCAUCAUAUUUAUGCUUGUGGUGGCUUGCGUGUCUCUUUUGCUGAAUUUGUUAGAGAUCUAUCACCUUGGGUGGAAGAAAGUUAAACAGGGAAUGGCCAACCCUGAUCAUGUGUUGUUGCCCCGCUCUGAUGGUGUGGGGCCGGAGUCCAAAACUUCUGCCCCCAGAACUGCCCUUCCCAACCUCAGCUACCCACCGACGUACACGGACGUGACAGCUGGGAGUGGUGCAUUCCUGCGGCCCAAGGUAGAGGCCUCCCCGGCAGAGUUCAAGAUGGACCCCCUGCAGGAGGGGCCCUCGUCCUCCUACUACAUGAGCAGCAACAACAACCAAAGGCUGACCACGCAGCAGAACUGGGCCAACCUGGCCACCGAGCAGCAGACUCGGGAAAUGAAGGUCACAUCCCCCUCCUCCUCCCCUUCCUCUGCCCCUUCCUCCGCCCCCUCCUCUGAUAGUAAGCAGCAGCCUUGUAAUGCUGCUCCCCCCACCACCAGCCCUAGCUCCAGCUCCAGUGGGGGCAGUUUGAGUGGGGGGAAUGUUGAUCAGGAGGAAGGCCACGUCACCACCACAGUGGAAAUGCAUGAGCCCCCCGUCAUGGUCACAGACCCUCGCCGGCUCAGCAGGGCCAGCAAGAGCAGCAGCAUCAGAGCCAGGCCCAACGACUUGGCAGUAUAGUCAGUCCCCCUAAAUACACCUCCAACCUUCCAAAGCCUUCCCAACCACCCCAAUGAUUUUUCUAUAAAAAAAAUGAUUUAAAUAAAUAAAUAAUAAUAAUUGGAGGCAAUGUGAGGCAAGGGUCUGGAGUUGUUGCCAAAACAGCAGUUAAUAUCAGUGCAAUUGGUGAGUUGUAGCAUAUGCAUUAUGAUACAAAAAAAUGUGCCGUGUGAUUGUGCAAUGUGCGUUAAAAUGGUCUUACAGGCCAAAGGCUUCAAUAUACUGGACAUCAUGGGACUUUAGGGUUCUCAUUACACUUUAAAGUGGCCAAGUAACUUUUUUGUUUGAAUUCGGUUUCAAUGGCCUAGUAUGUGUCAAUGUGCUCUUGUCAACAGUGGUUGUUGUUGUUGUGUUUAUUUGAUGAACAUAAAAGCCUAUUUAUUCCAAUUAGGAAUGAUACUGUACAUUCAUCAAGUCGUUGAGUUCGAUUGGCAAAUUGCUGAGAACCAAUUUCGAAUAAAACUGUAAUGUGGAACAAGUA